AUGCCCGCGCCGCCCGGGGCCCACGGCGCGCGCUCCACGACCGGCGUGCCCGACGGCUCCAGCGGUCGCGCCCGCUCAUGCAACGUCCAUAACCCGGCGGCGUCAAACGACUGGCCGCCGGCGGCGCCGGGCGCGACACCCCUCCCGCCGCCGCCCAAUGGCGCGCCGAGCGGCACCCCGCGCCCGCGCCGCGCCAGGCCCCGCCCGGCGCCGCACCGCGUUGUUUUUUCGCCGCGCGAGGUGUCCGCCGCCGCCACACCUCGCCGCUCGCGCGGAGCGGGCGAGGCCGCGGCGACGCUAAUCUCGUUGACGACGCUCGCCGCCGCCUCUUCUAAUUGGCCACGUUUCCGUUCGUCCGUCAAUUGA